UUAUAGCGGAAGAUUUUCUUUUUCUUCUAAGCCACAUGUCUACUGUUCCUUUUUAGUUCAAGUAUGUUAGAAGAGGAUUUCUCUUCAGUGCGAACUUCAAGCCUGAUCAUCUGUAUUCUGAAUGCCAUUUGUUUCUUUCCAGCAGCGCUAGGAAACGGAAUCAUACUGAUCGCUAUUCGGCGGACGCCAUCUCUACAUUCGCCUUCGAACACGUUCUUGUUUGGUCUUGCACUGACUGACUUCCUCGUUGGUUUAGUGACUCAGCCGUUAAAUGUCGCCUCCUCUGUCAUUUUCCUUGUCGAAAAGGAAGAAGGUCCAAUCGCUCUUACAUUAGCGUUUGAUUUUAUCUCUGUUGUAUUGACUGCGGCAUCUUUUAUGAUAGCAACUGCUAUAAGUAUCGAUAGGUACCUGGUAUUUUACCUGCAUAUGAGAUAUCAAGCUAUCGUCACCAACAAAAAAGUCGUGGCGAUCGUCGUUUUAUGUUGGUGUUUAUCCUGUUUAUUUGGGGUCAUUUGGACCCAGAAUACCAGAGCCCACUAUGUCAUUGGAAUAGCAAGCGUCGUUAUCUCCAUUGUUAUUGUUUCUCUGAUGUAUUUUAAAAUCUAUCGAGUUGUGAGACGUCACCAGGCCCAAAUACAAUCUCAAGCUCGUUUUGGAAUCGCCGCAAAGGAAGUUUCAUCGCAUUUGCAGUUCGCACGUCUCACUAAGUCUGCUGUGAAUACGUUUUACGUUUGCUUCAUUCUCUUUCUUUGCUUUUUUCCAUACGUUUUUACAGCUGGCUUAAUUCAAAUGACAGGUCCAAGCCUCACCAAACGUAUUGUACUGCAAUACACAGGAACCAUAGCGUUUAUAAACUCGUCGCUGAACCCAUUAGUUUACUUUUGGCGGCUUCCUGAAAUCCGAAAGGCUAUAAAGAGAUCUUUACGGUGUUGCUACAGUAGACGUGCAGGCGAGCGACAAGAAAGUAAAUGGAGGAGUGAAAAAGCUUCUAACACAUAGAGAACUCUGCCAUUUCUGAUAUUGAACUAUAGCUCCUCCAUCAUGAUUGUCCGAAUGCGCCGAGUUUUUUUUUCUUUAAGGCUCAAUAAUGUGGCUGGUAGACCUUAUACAAAAGAUCAGCUUCUUUCACGAUAUUUCAAUGACCAGCAACUGAGUUUGUCGUUUAGUGAAUGUUUCAUUUCUUCUUCUAAAAUCUUAGACCAUAGAGGAAACAUGCAGGAUACAGGAAGGAGGGUGUCGGAUACAAGGAAAGUUGAAAGAAUUCAAGAGCAAGCACUGAGGAUAGUUUAUAAUUCACAUUCAGAAACGUACGUGAACUUAUUAGGUCGUGCUAAACUACCUACCCUUCUGAAUAGGAGAUUGCAAGAUAAAGUUAUACUUAUGUAUAAGGUUAAAUAUAGGCUAGUUCCUGAUUUCAUUUGUGACAUUUUUAGUCCUAAGUCUUGUAAAUAUAAUUUAGAAAUCAAAUUUUUUAUAUUCCUAGGUUUCAUUUUGUAUUGUAUGGUAAACACUCUCUUAGAUAUAUUGGACAAUUUCUAUGAAGCAAACUGAAAAAAAACAUCACUGAAAUUAGUAGCCUUUCUAGGUUUAAGUUCCAUAUUAGACGUAAGGAUCUUACCGAACUGAUAAAUGGUAACAAUUGCUCCGCGUGCGUAAUUUGUACCUCUUAGGUUAUAUAAUCUAUAGCAUAUUUCCUAUCAUUAAUUAGGUUAUUCAUCUACGUUGUGUCCCCAAUUAGCGUCAGCUAAAUACAUUGACACAUGAAUA